CGAUAUCCUUAACCUGUGUGGAUAACCGAGCAGGUAUCAGAGGGCCUCAUUGUUUUGGUUCAGCCCAUUGACUGUAGUUCAGCCACAUUAUCACAAUGCAACAGGCGGGCGUUGAAGCAGGGCUGGUCUGGUGACGUAACCACACACUCGCAUGUUCUAGGCGCUCUGACGCAGCGCGUGCAGCUUUAGCCCCAGCAGCACAGAAGUCAGCUACAGAACUCUCCGCUUGUUUUUCCCCGGCUGAGGACUGAACAGAGGACCGCUGUGGCAUAGCGGAACACUGCAGACAUAUUGUGCAAAGGCGGUGGAGAGGGAGGCCGAAGGAGGAGGCUGUCUGUGCCGCUGUCACGAAGAAAGGGAGGGGGCGCAUUCCAGAGGCACCGCUAUCUGAACCGAUUCAUUGUUGAUCCAAAGCGGUGGAGACGCUCCUCUCUGCCCGCAAGUUAACCCGAAACACGCCGACGGAACGGUGUAAAAAGUGACAGGAGGCAUCAUGGUGGAUUAUUAUAGUGUUCUGGGAGUGAUUAAAACUGCCUCUCAGGACGACAUCAAGAAGGCAUAUAGGAAACUAGCACUGAAAUGGCAUCCAGACAAAAAUCCAGACAACAAGGAGGAAGCAGAGAAGAAGUUCAAAGAAGUGGCCGAGGCGUAUGAAGUCUUAUCUGACAAGAGUAAGCGUGAUGAAUAUGACAGAUAUGGAAAUGACAGAACGAGACACACAGGAUCCUCCACCUCAGACUUUUCAUCAGAUUUCCAAGGAUUCAACUUCACAUUCCGCAACCCUGACGAGGUGUUCAGGGAGUUUUUCGCUGGCCAGGACCCCUUCGCUAGCUUCUUUGAUGACUUCUCAUCCUUCGGGGGCUCGUCCUCUCGCCUCGGCCCCAGCCGCUUCUUCUCCUUUCCUUCUGCAGGAGCUGAUUUUACCUCCUUCUCCUCUUCCAUGGGUGGUUUUGAUGGGAUGGACAACAUGGGCGGAGGGAAGAGCAACUUCAAAUCAGUAUCUACCUCCACUCGCGUCAUAAAUGGCAAACGCACCACCACAAAGAAGAUAAAGGAGAAUGGACAGGAAAGAGUAGAGAUUGAAGAAGAUGGGGUUUUGAAGAGUGUCCUGAUUAAUGGUGUGGAGGAUGAAAUGGCCCUGGCACUGGAGCUAAGCCGACGAGAGGGCCGGCCCGGUCACACGCCUCAGAAGACAAAUAUCCAAAACAGACCACCUGCCGACUCACACACUACAUCCACACAUCGCUCAUUUAGCUCCGCGCCCUUCUACAACUACGGGGUCGAGGCGGGCAGCGAUGACGACGAAGAUGACGAAGAUCUGCAGAUGGCACUGGCAUGCAGCCUGUCAGAAAUGGAAGCCGAGCAGAGAGCAGCUGUUACCGACAUCAUAUCAGGUGCUGUGCGUGAAGGCAGAGCUAUGACUGCCAAAGGCGGUGGCCAAAAGUCACGUGUGUUUGUUGAGACUACAACUGUUAAUCCGGAUGGUAGUAAACACACGGUGUCAGGGGAGGUUGAUGAGAAGGGGCAGUUUAAAAUGGAUUCAGGGGCUGAGAGUGGGUGGGAAACUGGGGAAAAGGGGAGCAGGGAAUCAGACUCUUCCCCUGAGUCUCCCACAACAACCAGCAGUACACAACAAAGCCAAAGCCAAAGCAGUCCGCAGGAGUCUGAGCGUGCCAUAAAAAGCAGUGAUGAGUGUGUGAAAAAGAAAAAGAAGUGCGGGUGUAUAGUGAGCUAAGUUGCUGGUAUGCGUGUGCCUUAUUCUGUAUACUUACCUCAGUGUGGUGACUACAGCCAAACUCUAACGUGUUGUGAUUUACAGACUCUUUUUAAAGCGUAGCCUCAACUGUCUUAAGGCUUUGAUGCAGUUUUGACACCUCAAAACAGAUCAUGAGUCCCUUCUGACAGGAUUUGGGUGUUUUGCCGUGUUCCUAUGAUUGACUGCCAACCCAGAUGUAUCCAUGUCAUUUAAAUACAGCUAAAUAUAGGAAUCAGUGUUGUGUUUGCAAAGCAGUACACAGGACUGUUCAUGAAUGUAAACAUUAAUAUUAACUACAGAUUGAAAGAGUGGGAUGAAAGGAGAUUUGGAUAUGGUAAAGGAAGCAGUAAUUGAAAUUCCAGUAAGAGUGCGAGUGUUGUGAGUGUAGGCAUAUUUUACUUUGCACAUAUGUUCGUACAAAGGUCUGUAGAGACUCUGCGGGGGAAUUUUCUCAAUCCGACCCUCAGGCAAAGGGAAUGUAUGAGAAGUGCGUCACACUCAGUCCACUAUUAAUGAAAGAUUAAAAUGUAAGAGAUGAGAGCCACAGAACGUUCUCUGUUGAUUUAAUUUGAUGUCAAAAAACACCUUGAUUAUUAAUGAUCUGUUAACUGAUUUAUGACACUACUUUCAGGAACAAGACGCUAAAGCACAAACAUAAAAACGUAGGAAAUACAAAUGCCUUGUGAAUUCACGCGGGCCUUCUUUUCCUGUCAGGAAUGAUCAAAGCGGUAACUUAGUUUUAAUGUAUGUACUUAUAUAUAUGAUUGAAUGCAAAUCAAUCUCUAAUCCUUAAUGCACUUUCACAAAAACAUAAUACUCAUGUUGGGUCAGACUGCAAAAGAUAGAUCAGAGUAUGAGUUGACACUAUGCAGGCAGAAGGCUAAGUACCAUGUAGAAUGUGUUGAGCAUUUUAAAAGAUUGUAACCCUUAAGGUGCAUUUCAACCAAGAGUUCCAGGGUCUUUUAGCCCCAAGAACUACUUUCCCCGGAACUAAAAUCUUGCUGUGCCCCCAUUGUUGUCUGCGUUUCGACCGCGAGCUGAAGUCCCGGGUAGAUUGUGCAAAUCAGGCCAGUGACUUGGGGAGAAAAAAAAUUAUGUUAAAUAAUAUUUUGAAAUCUUAAUUAAAAAAAGGGCUGCACGGUGGUGCAUUGGGUAGCGCUGUUGCCUCACAGCUAGAAGGUUUCUGGUUUGAAUCCCCGGUGUGGAUCUGUGUGGAGUUUGCAUGUUCUCCCCGUGCAUGCGUGGGUUCUCUCCGGGUACUCCAGCUUCCUCCCACAGUCCAAAAACAUGCUCACCAGGUUGAUUGAUCUCACUAAAUUGCCCCUAGGUGUGAGUGUGUGCGUGAAUGGUUAUCUGUCUCUCUGUGUUAGCCCUGUGAUUGGUUGGCGACCUGUCCAGGGUGUACCCCGCCUUCCGCCCGAAGCCAGCUGGGAUAGGCUCCAGCCCCCCGUGACCCCUAACGGGAUAAGCGGCCAAGAUAAUGGAUGGAAUCUUAAUAAAAAACUAAGCUAGUAUGCAUUCCCAGGAACUCCCUCUGUCUUUCAACAACUGUGUAAACUCCACAAACACCGUUACUUUCAACAGAAAGUCCCAGGACCUUUGAAAAGUACUACCCCCCAAGCAGGGACUUUUCAGGGGGGAGAUUAUCUACCCCUGAACUAAAAUUAGACCCUGGUUCCUCCGGUCGAAACGCAUGUAGUUCAGGGGUAAAGUUCCUGCGGUCGAAAAACGCCUUUAGUAAAAAACAAUCAUGAUAGUUUUUUUAUAUUUUAAUGUGUAUUUCCUUUUAUAAUAUUUCAACCACACGUGCCAAAAAUAUCAAAUAUCAAUUACAUUUUGUAUUAUCCUUUCUUUUCUCUACACCAGCAUCACAGUCCACAUUUCAAGUAUCUGAAGACAAUGGUAGAGAGCUCGACAGCAGUGAAGGGAAGUUUUGUCCGGUGUUUGAGAAUGGGAGAUACUGUAGCUUCAUUUUCGUUCCAUCAACACUAACAUUCACGUCUCUUAACAAUAUACGUUUCAAGUUUAGUCACAUGCACAGGUUUAUGUAAAAGCCCGCUGCAUACAUGAUACAAUAUCCAUGCACUGAACCAAUCAAAUGAAGCCCCUCUCAGCUUCAGCUGCCUGUAAAUGAACUGGCAGGGGACUUCUAUCUUCUAUUCGAAUUGUUUGUAUUGAGGAGAGAUGUCUACUCUGUAAAACAUGGGGAAUAACAGAAAGACAGGUACUGUAAUGUUAUCGCCAAUAUGCUCGUUUCUGUUCACAUUAAAAAUGAGGUGCUACUAACUGCAUUUAAUGUGAUCACUGUUGUAUCCGUGGAAUACAGUGAAAAUAACAGAAACUGCUGUUGAUUCAAAAACACAAUAUGCUGAAUAUGUCUAGUGUUAAUACGUAGAAAGAAUCACUAUCUACUGUUGACUGACAAGCCUUUUACUAAUGUGACGUAUUACAGGCAGUGUUUGUUCCUCUGAAGACUUUUCUACACUGCUCUCUCAGUGCACAAUAAAUGUAUCUGGUGUCAUUUUGUAUAUUUCAUGAGUGCCUCCUUGGUUUUUCAUUGCAGGAGCCUUGCUUUAACUUAAUAAGGGCAAAAAUAUAUCUUCCGGCGCAAAUCAAGCACAGCUAUGAGAAGAUAUUGUCAUUUAUGAAAAUUCUGAUAAUAUGGACACUGUUUACUAUGUUUAUCUGCAUUGUUACUGUAUGUUGAGGGCGAAAGGGGAGGAAAAGAAGCAGAUGGUUUCUCUGGUGAAUAUAUAGCCUGUAUUAUUUGUGUUUCAUUGAACUGCUGUGUUUUUUUUCAGAGUGUUCAAAGAGGAAAAGGCAAAUAAAGACUGAAACUAAGAGCA